AAUGAUCGACCCAUCCAUCAACAUAGCUCAAUGCCUUGGGACUCAACCGAUAUGAUAUACUACGGUAUUAACCAAAAUCUAAAACAGUAAGCCUGAUGACUUAUGUUCAUGUAGUAUUAAGUCUGAUGACUUGUCUGCCAAUAAAAGAAACUAGAAGGGCUUAGUCUCAAAUGGCCGAAGAGAUAAGGUUUCCUAUCGUCAUCCUCAAUGCAUCUGGAAUCAAUCGAUUUGUUCGGUAUGCACAUAUAGCACCGGCACCGCCGCUGCGUACCAGUGUAACCGGGAGAAAGAGAGACCGGGGGUGGGCGGGUGGCGCCGGAGGGCUUGCUCGUCCAACGCCGCGCGCCAGAGGGCGCUGCCUGGCGUCGCUGCGUCCUCGGCCGCUGCGUCGACGUUGCUGUAGUGUCGUGGGCUGGUCGUGCUACCGGUGCCGCCGCGGUGGAGAUCGCCGUUCUAGGCGCCGGCCAUUGGUUACCCCGAGGACACGCCGCCUGUACUGGAGGGUAUGCCGCGCCGUGGUCGUGCUCCGCCUGAGGGAGGAGCGCCGCGUCGAAUGCUGCACCCGAGAGGUGGAGGACGCCGUCGUCGCCAAACGCCGAGAAGCAUGUCCAUUGAUUACUGCUGUGGACGGGAAUAUGGCUAAUCGAAUCGGCGGCAUUCUUCUCUUCUCCUGUGGCCAUUUCUCAGCGGAGAGCAAAAGUGCUGAUAACGUGUUAGAGAGAAUCGAGAGAGAGGAGCGAAUGGAAAACAGAUAUAUGAAUGAACAGUUAUUCUAUUGAUUGAAGAUUGGGGUAUUUA